UUGUGGCAUUUUUAUUUCUAAUGCUGGGUUUCAGUAGCACUUCUCUGAUCAUAAUACGUAUUUUGAGUAGGCUUACACUUUUGUGUAAAUCAUGACUGAGACACUUCUCGUUUCAGCAGUCCUGUGUCUGAUCGUCUUUGCACUCGGAGAGUGGGCAACACUUGUGCUAGCCGGACCAGUCGGUUUGCCUUCUCAGUGCCACCGCGGCACCUACUGGGACCAGCACACACGAGGGUGCGAGCCGUGCUCUCAGCUUUGCGACGCCGUCCGAGACAGCCAGGAUGACUGCAGGCAGAAGUGCUCAGACUGGCUUGAAAGCAGAGCUGAGGCAAAACAGAACAUUGCCGUAUGGGCUGUAGGAGGAGUCGGGUGGCUGAUUGCCAUUAUUCUGAUAGUGUCACUGGCCAUAGGACACUGCAAGCUGCCCAUGUGUAAGAAGAAAAAGGCCCAAAAACCCAACAAGGAACAACAUAACGAGCCCAGGACACGAUGUCAUCCCAAGGACCUGACUGCCGACCUCCAGAUGCAUAUGACUGGACAGCAAAAUGGACCCCCCAGUCCAGUUCAAGAGACAGCGCAUGACGACACGCCGUUCUCUCCAUCCCGUGACAUGCGGAGCAUCCAUGCCGAUGCCACCAAUACCGAGGAGACCACCAAGCCACUUCUCACCAUUGAUGCCGGUAACAAGACCGACGCAUUCACCGACAACGGCCAGUGUGAGAUGCUGGCCUCUUGA